AUGGCGGGCACAGCGGGGCCCGGGACCGGCCCGGGAGCAGCGGGAGGAGAUGGAGACGAUUCGCUAUACCCGAUCGCGGUUUUAAUCGACGAGCUCCGCAACGAGGAUGUGCAGCUCCGCCUUAACAGUAUUAAGAAGUUAUCCACAAUUGCUCUGGCACUUGGAGUAGAAAGGACACGAACAGAACUGCUGCCAUUCCUUACAGAUACGAUUUAUGAUGAAGAUGAGGUACUGUUAGCUCUUGCUGAGCAACUGGGAAAUUUCACUGGCCUGGUGGGAGGUCCUGACUUUGCCCACUGUCUGCUGCCUCCUUUGGAAAGUCUGGCAACUGUGGAAGAGACUGUGGUUCGAGACAAGGCUGUGGAGUCGCUGAGGCAGAUCUCCCAGGAGCACACUCCUAAUGCUCUGGAAGCACAUUUUGUACCUCUGGUGAAGCGCCUGGCGAGUGGAGACUGGUUCACUUCUCGCACAUCUGCGUGUGGCUUGUUCAGUGUUUGCUAUCCCAGGGCUUCAGAUGCUGUCAGAGCAGAAAUUAGACAGCACUUCCGUUCCUUGUGCUCAGAUGACACUCCCAUGGUACGACGUGCUGCCGCUUCCAAACUGGGCGAAUUUGCAAAAGUUUUGGAAUUAGACAGUGUGAAAAGUGAAAUUGUUCCGCUGUUCACUAACCUAGCUUCAGACGAACAGGAUUCAGUGCGUCUCUUAGCUGUGGAAGCUUGUGUCAGUAUCGCCCAGUUGCUGUCCCAGGAGGACCUUGAGGCUCUGGUGAUGCCCACACUCCGGCAAGCAGCGGAAGAUAAAUCUUGGAGGGUUCGCUAUAUGGUAGCUGACAAGUUUUCAGAGCUCCAGAAAGCUGUGGGUCCUAAAAUCACCCUAAAUGACCUCAUCCCCGCCUUUCAGAACCUACUCAAAGACUGUGAAGCUGAAGUCCGAGCAGCUGCUGCCCACAAAGUAAAAGAACUCUGUGAGAACUUACCCACUGAAGGCAGAGAGACCAUAAUUAUGAGUCAGAUUCUCCCCUACAUAAAGGAAUUAGUAUCUGAUACAAAUCAACAUGUCAAAUCGGCUCUAGCAUCUGUAAUUAUGGGAUUGUCUACCAUUUUGGGAAAAGAGAAUACCAUUGAACACCUUCUACCUCUUUUUUUAGCUCAGUUAAAGGAUGAGUGUCCGGAAGUUCGUUUGAAUAUCAUCUCUAACUUGGAUUGUGUAAAUGAAGUGAUUGGGAUCCGUCAGCUCUCUCAGUCUCUCCUUCCUGCCAUAGUGGAGCUGGCUGAAGAUGCCAAGUGGAGGGUCCGGCUGGCCAUCAUUGAGUAUAUGCCACUGCUGGCGGGCCAGCUGGGUGUGGAGUUCUUUGACGAAAAGCUGAAUUCUUUAUGUAUGGCCUGGCUUGUGGACCAUGUGUAUGCUAUCCGCGAAGCCGCCACCAACAACCUCAUGAAGCUCGUUCAGAAGUUCGGAACAGAGUGGGCCCAGAACACCAUCGUUCCCAGAGUGUUAGUCAUGGCGAACGAUCCCAAUUACUUGCACAGGAUGACCACCUUAUUCUGCAUUAACGCGCUGUCUGAAGCCUGCGGUCAGGAAAUAACCACGAAGCACAUGCUGCCCGUUGUACUGAAAAUGGCAGGAGACCAAGUGGCGAACGUCCGUUUCAAUGUAGCCAAAUCUCUUCAGAAAAUUGGACCAGUUCUGAACACUGAUGCUUUGCGGGAGGAAGUGAAGCCAGUACUGCAGAAGUUGGGCCAGGAUGAAGACGUGGAUGUCAAGUACUUCGCACAGGAAGCUAUAAGUGUGGUGGCCCAGAGGCUGAGGAAGUCAGACUUCCCUGCGAAGGACACUGAGGAGCCCAGCGCUCCUGGGGCCGACAAGAACCGCUUCCUGAGAGCCAGAGGGCCCGAAGAGGACCCAGGAAAGGUACAGAGAGAGAGCGCGGCUCGGGCGGCUUCGGAGGAGGCAGUAGAGAUGGCCCGGUGUAGGGGUACAGAUGUGGCCAAGGGACCAGCAUAUCAGUUGCAUGUAAAUCCCAGAGACUCACUUGCCCAGCUGGAAAUUGCAGACCUAGUGCAUUUCUCCCAAAGCAGAGACUGA